CGGGAGGAACGGCCGCGCUUCGUCAGGGGGCGCUCUGCCCCGCUUCCGCCGCUCUAUGGUGAGGCCGCGGCAGCGCCGCCCUGCACGGCUGGCUGCGCUCCCCAUGGCCCCGCGGCGCCGCGGCGGGCGGGCGGACGGGCCCCGCUGAGGAGCCGGCGGGAGGCCCGGGCCGGGGCCCUCCGACAUGGAGCCCGAGACGCUGGAGGCGCGCAUCAACAAAGCGACAAACCCCCUGAACAAGGACCUGGACUGGGAUGGUAUCAAUGCUUUCUGUGAGCAGCUCAAUAAGGAGCUAGAGGGUCCUCCGCUUGCCACCAGACUUCUUGCCCACAAGAUCCAGUCUCCGCAGGAAUGGGAAGCGAUCCAGGCGCUCACGGUACUGGAGUCCUGCAUGAAGAGCUGUGGCAAACGUUUCCAUGAUGAGGUGGGCAAGUUCCGCUUCCUCAAUGAGCUCAUCAAAGUGGUGUCACCCAAGUAUCUUGGUAGCCGGACAUCAGAAAAAGUGAAGUCAAAAAUCCUGGAGCUGAUGUACAGCUGGACAUUGGGGCUGCCUCACGAGGUGAAGAUCUCAGAAGCCUACCAGAUGCUCAAGAAACAAGGGAUUGUGAAGUGCGACCCAAAACUGCCUGACGAUGCUCCUUUUCCACCCCCUCCACCUCGGCCCAAGAAUAUCAUCUUUGAUGAUGAAGAGAAAUCCAAGAUACUGGCUCGUCUCCUGAAAAGUUCCCAUCCUGAGGACCUCCGGGCUGCCAACAAGCUCAUCAAGGAGAUGGUUCAGGAGGACCAGAAGCGCAUGGAGAAGAUCUCCAAGAGGGUGAAUGCCAUUGAGGAGGUGAACAACAACGUGAAGCUGCUGACAGAGAUGGUGACAAACUACAGCAAGGGGGAGACAACGGAAAGCAAUGAGGACCUAAUGAAGGAGCUGUAUCAGCGCUGCGAGCGCAUGAGACCCAUGCUUUUCCGCCUCGCCAGUGACACAGAAGACAAUGAUGAAGCUCUGGCGGAGAUCCUGCAAGCCAAUGACAAUCUGACACAGGUGAUCAAUCUCUAUAAGCAGCUUGUACGGGGAGAAGAGAUCAAUGGGGAGACGGUGGCUGGUCCCCUUCGAGGCAGCACCUCAGCACUUCUGGAUCUGUCAGGCCUGGAUCUUCCAGCAACAGGCCCUUCCUACCCCGCCUUGCCCACCCUGUCAGGUGGCUCAGCAGUCCCCAUGCCUGACCAAGGUGGCUCUGUCUCCUUGCUGGAUGAUGAACUCAUGUCUUUAGGCCUGAAUGACCCAGCACCGCAUCCUGCCCAGGCUGGUGACAGCAGUGGCUGGAACAGCUUCCAGUCAUCGGAUAGCAACGAGCUCAAUAUCACCCCUAUCACAGCAACACCACCAGUCAAAGCAGAUGCUGGCGCAUCCUCCCCCAAACCUUCUCCUUCCACCAGUGGCCUGGAUGACCUGGACCUUCUGGGCAAGACUCUGCUGCGACAGUCUUUGCCUCCAGAGUCUCAACAAGUGCGAUGGGAGAAGCAGCAGCCACCCCCCCGGCUCACCCUGAGGGAUCUCCAGAACAGGAGCAGUUCUGGCACCACAGCCCACAAUCCCAGCACUCUGCCCGUGCUCCAGAGUGUUUCCCCUAACCCCACGCUGCCCCUGACCUCAGAGCUGCCUGCCCCUGCUACACUACCAAAAGCUGCUGCCACGCCAGCAGGAAGUUCUGCAGUCCCACCACGGCCUCCUGCCACCGCGCUGCCCCAGGAGAUCUCGCUGGCCAACAUCACUGUGCCUCUGGAGUCAAUCAAACCCAGCAGCAUCCUCCCUGUGACGGUUUAUGAUCAGCACGGCUUCCGUGUCCUCUUCCACUUCGCUAAGGAUGCCCUGCCUGAGAGGCCCGAUGUGCUUGUGGUGGUGAUUUCGAUGCUUAGCACGGCCCCACAGCCCAUCCGCAACAUUGUCUUUCAGUCUGCUGUCCCCAAGGUGAUGAAGGUGAAGCUGCAGCCUCCCUCAGGCACAGAGCUGCCAGCGUUCAACCCCAUCGUCCACCCCAGUGCCAUCACACAAGUCCUGCUGCUCGCUAACCCACAGAAGGAGAAAGUGAGGCUACGGUACAAGCUGACCUUCACCAUGGGAGAGCAAACCUACAAUGAAAUGGGGGAUGUGGACCAGUUCCCCCCACCCGAGUCCUGGGGAAACCUCUAGGGCUGCGCGUUGCAGGCACUACACUGCAGAGUCCUUGGGAAGCCAGCCCUGAGGGGCUGGAGCAGCCCGAGGAGAUGGGGAGGGCGGGAGGGGGGCUGCUGCUCACGCUCUAUUCUCCAGAUGGCCGGGCGAGGGCCAGAGGGAGCAUGCCUCGAGGAGGAGAGCAGAGACACCAGGAGAUGUUCACCCCACAAGACGAGGAGUGGAGCUGAGAGCUGCGUGUGUGUGAACAGUUGCCUUCCCUGCUCUUCAAGGGCGACACCCUGUCCACAGUCUGUCCAGCUUCUCUUCUAAUCCUGCUUUCCCCUUCUAGGGGCAGUGGGGAACAAGGAAGGGGAGCUUUAAGAGCCUCAGCCUGGGGCAAGGCCUAGCAAAGGAAGAUCCUUUUCCUUGUCUGUCCCCUCUGCGCUUCCCAGCCCUUCAGCUGCUUCGUGCUCUGUGGUGCUUGUCCCCCUUGCCCCCUCCUUGGAACUGGGCCUUGGUGGUUCCCUGUCUGAUGGGAUCCCACUGGAGCUGCUGUGGAACGAGGCUGGAUGGAGACUAGGUGUCUCCAGCACUGGAGAGCAGGCAGCUGCCCUUGCUUUGGGGGGGGUCAGGGCCAGUCAUCUCCCCAUAUCUCCGUCCUUCCAGCUGGUUACAGAACUGUUAGUGGGAACUGGGACCCCAGGGGCUGGGCAGAGCUUGCUCUGUGCCUUCCCAUCCUCUUCACCUGGGCACUGAACCCCCAUAGCAAGGAAGCUCACACCCUCCCCAUGUGCUUUAUCUACAGCAAGCUUUGGGGGCUGCUGCCAGACUUUGUCCUGUGUGCCAGCCCCAAGAGAGGGGGAUUAGGGUGUGAGUCUCCCUGCAGCCUCCUGUCAGAGAGAGGAAGCAGCACAUAGUCUUCCUCCCUCCUGGCUGGGCUGGAGAGCUUGGUGGGGCAGGGGGGGCUUUCUCAGCUCUCCAGUGUCUUCUUGCAGUGGGGUUGGUGAUGGACUGGGAGUCAUGGAGAGGCUGGAGGGCUGCCCAUCACCAGGGGCCAUCACUGAGCUCUGCUCUGGGGGGGUUCAGCUGUGCCUUGCGCACCUUUGCCUGGCUCCCUGCGCGGGAAGGGGGCCCGCCACAGCCGCCUGAUCACUGUGACACUAGAGCGGGGAUCUGCAGGCACGGAGGGGACUGGCGGGUGGCACAUCCCCAUGGGACUUGUGACCGCAGGAGCCGCUUCCCAUCCCUAAACUGGUUUUAAGAGGGCCUGAUCCUAAAAGGAAUAAGCUGUGCCCUGCAUAGGCUUGCCAGAGGUAGACGGAGGCCUGGGCGAGAUGGAGGUGAGUGGGGUGCUUUGCGCUCUUGGCUUGGGGGGCAGCAAAGGUGAGGUGUUGGAGCUGGGUGCAGCGAGUGGUAGAGGAGAGGGGGAAGCAAGGUCUUUAUGCUGGGGUUUUGCUGUGUCUUACUUCCCUUUCUGGUCUCUUUUCAGGGUUUUGUAUGGGGUUUUUCUUUGCAGAUCUUGUUUGGUUGAACAGACAUGUAUAUAUUUUCAGUGCAAAAUUCUGUAAAUGGAAGAAAACAAACAAACAGAUUGAAAACAAAACGCCCGGCGCGAACAGUCUGCUGUAUUUAUGGGAAAUAAAUAGUUCUUUCCUGA